AUGGCUUCCAGCCAGGCUCUAAUGGCUGAAGAAGGCAAGACCGGACAGGCUGCAUUUGAAAAAGUGAGGACUGUACUGUUCGUUCUGUUCUGGAUAUCAUGGCUAGCGAUGUUCGCUGGAGCGGUUUUAAUCGUUGUUCUUUCGCCAAAAUGUGCCGAGAAACAAAAGCCGGAAUGGUGGCAGACGAAGGUCUCUUAUCAGUUGCUCACACCAACCUUCUAUGAUACCGACAACGAUGGUGUCGGCGAUUUCCAAGGAAUCACUGAAAAGCUGGAUUUGUUGAGGAAAAUAGGAGUUACCACGGUCUACCCAAGUCCAGUUAUCGAAAUAGAGAAGGAUGACUACUUCAAUCCCUACAAUGUUAUCGAUCAUUUCAUGGUUGAUAAGAGAUUCGGUACUGAAGAUCAGUUUAAGGAACUCAUUGGAACGGCUCAUAAUAGAGGUGUGCUUAUCGGAAUUACUGGAUUGCUGACAUUUGGCUCGCGAUUUAUUCAUUUUUAA